CAACGGGACGUCACGUACGUGGUCACGUGCCUCCUUCACAAAAGGAGGGAAUGCUGUAAGGGAGUGGGAGCCCCCUUGAGGUUCCAACAUGGAGGUCCGACAACUCGGAGCGCUGAUGCGCAAGUGCAAGAAAGGGACCUAUCAGGGCAGGUCUGCCCACACUCAAGAUGCUGCGGAGAUCUUCUUGGAGUGGAUACGCAUGCGUGAAGAUGUCAGGUCACUGCCUCUCUGCCGCGCACACCGGAAGUGUGCUUGUCGCGGCACUUCUAAUAGGACUGACUCUGGACUACAUCUUGCUACCCCAGUUUGCCGGUAACAAUGAGUGGCGCUGCCCUCGGAAUAGAGAUCGUCUUUGUCUUUUUUCUUGCUCUUUUCCUCCUUCACCGAUAUGGAGACUUUAAGAAGCAACACCGUCUGGUGAUCGUGGCCACCCUGCUGGCCUGGUGCCUGUGUUUCCUGAUUGUAUUUAUCAUCCCCCUGGAUGUCAGUACGACAAUUUACAACCGAUGCAUCGCGAGGAAUGCCGUCACCCCCGCCACCAUCAAUGUGAGCCAACUUAGUACAACCACGAGAGCCUCUGUCACCAAUACCACCGUUACCGGUGUGACUCGUACCGCUGUAAGUGUGGCGAGCAGUUCAUCUCAAGAAUGCUACAAGCCAUGGAGCUACAUCCCAAAGGGCAUCAUGCCCAUUUUCUGGCGCGUGGUCUACUGGACAUCUCAGUUUCUUACUUGGAUCCUGCUGCCCUUCAUGCAAUCUUAUGCUCGAUCUGGGGGCUUUUCUAUCACUGGGAAAAUUAAAACAGCCCUGAUCGAGAACGCCAUUUAUUAUGGGACGUACUUGUUGAUCUUUGGCGCCCUAUUAAUAUAUGUUGCUGUCCACCCAAAAUUUCACCUUGAAUGGUACCAGUUGCAGACUAUAGGAAUAGCAGCAGCCAACACGUGGGGUCUUUUCCUUUUGGUGUUGCUGAUGGGGUACGGCCUGGUAGAGAUCCCACGUUCUCACUGGAACGGGGCAAAGAAAGGCUAUCUGCUCAUGAAGACCUACUUUAAAGCAGCCAAACUAAUGACUGAGAAGGCAGACGCUGAAGAGAACCUGGAGGACGUCAUGGAGGAAGUUCGUAAAGUGAACGAAUGCAUCAAAUACAACCACCCCUUGCGGAAAUGUGUGGACACCAUUUUAAGAAAGUGUCCUCCCGAGUACCAAGAAAAAAUGGGGAGAAACAUGGAUGACUACGAAGACUUUGAGGAGAAAAACAUCAACUAUCCCAGUGAGAAGGUGCUUGUAAAACUUCAUAAGCAGGUAAAUUACGCUGUCCAGAGACAUAACCGCACACAGGUCCAAUGGCGCAUGCUGCUGGAACAAGCUUUUCAUCUGGAGGAUGUAGCGAAGAACGAGAUGAGCGCUGCCAGACAGUUUGUACAUACCUUCCCUCCUCAGGAGCCAGAAAGCUGGAUCACCAGGCACUUCUACACCCCCGCUGUUGAGUGGUACUGGGAGUGUUUGUUGCGCCCCUGGUGUUCUCGGAUCCUGGCUGUGGUCCUGGUGAUCUUCUCUGCUGUCGUGGUGUGGUCUGAGUGCACGUUCUUCAGCACAAGUCCGGUCCUGUCUCUCUUCGCUGUGUUCAUACAACAAGCUGAAAGAACCUACAAUUAUAUUUACAUUGAGGUGGCCUGUUUCUUCACCAUAUUCUUCUUGAGUAUCUGUGUUUAUUCUACAGUCUUCAGGAUCCGGGUGUUUAACUAUUACUAUUUUGCUUCCCAUCACCAAACGGACGCAUACAGCCUCCUGUUCAGCGGGAUGUUGUUUUGCCGAUUGACUCCUCCUUUAUGCUUGAAUUUCUUGGGUCUGACUCACAUGGACGGGUCAAUAUCCCACCAAAACUCUGAGCAGACGGCCUACACGUCAAUUAUGGGAUCAUUAAGGGUCUUGCCGCUGAUCGCUGAUGGCUUUUACAUAUAUUACCCCAUGCUGGUGGUCAUUCUUUGUAUCGCCACCUAUUUCAGUUUGGGGACGCGCUGCUUGAAUUUGCUUGGAUUUCAACAAUUUAUGGGAGACAAUGACAUGACAUCUGAUCUGACUGAUGAGGGGAAGGAGCUGAUAAGAAGAGAGAAAAGAAAACGUCAGAGACUUGAGGAUGGAGAAACACGCAGAAGGGAGUGGAAGGAGCGUUAUUCCAGUAACAGGGAAGAUCCCAGCCGAAACAGGAACACAAACCCUGAGCCGACAGAGCCGACGUACACAGAGAUGACCACCAGCCGAUCAUCAAAGUACACGCGGUCAAAUAACCGAACAGAGCGCGAUCGGAUAGAGCUCCUCCAGGAUGCCGAACCCCUGGAUUUUAAUGCAGACACUUUCACUGAUGAUCCACUGGAUUCAGAGUCUGGAAG